ACAAGGGUGAUGUUUGUCAAGAACCUGGCAACCCAUGAUGUUGACGUCAUUCGCAUAAACAUCAGUUGGCGGGGAAUUAGAAAAGGAUGUUAUUGAAUAGAAAGGAUAACUAAUGAUCAAUAGAAAAUUGGUCUGUUAAUCGUUGUUUGUGACAAAAGUGGAUCGCAAGAGUGUCAAAUUAGCAAGGUGCUAGCGGUGGUAAACAUCGUAUCAAGUUAUUUUGUUUCUUGUAUCUGCUUUAUUGGCAUGCUAGCUAGCUCACACGGCUAACGUGGAUACAUUUCGCUGUCAGGCAGACUAGUUGCUGACAAGAUGAGUUCCUCCCGGGAAAUAAAACAGUUACAGAAGGCUAAGGCCAAGGCCCAGAACAGCUCUAACAUCAGAGAAGAGGCCAACUUGUGCAAUCAACUAGGGGAGCUGCUGUCCAGAAAUGGUGACUAUGAAGCUGCCAUUGAGGAGCAUCGGCAAGAGCUUGCUCUCUCUGAGGCUGUGAAUGAUGUUAUUGGUCGGGCUGUUGCCAAUCGUAAGAUUGGAGAGUGCUAUGCGGAGAUGGGCAACAUUGAGGCUGCUUUGAAGCACCAGAGGUGUCACCUGGACUUAGCCCGCUCUGUCAGAGACCACGCAGAGGAGCAGAGGGCUUUGGCAACCAUUGGCCGAACCUUCCUCUUUAGAUUUGAGUCAGACCAAUCAAGGGACAGUUUGAAACAAGCAGAGGAUGCUUUCCGGAGGAGCCUGGCUAUUGUGGAUGAGCGUCUUGAAGGUACGGUGGCUGGGCGCGAGCUGAAUGAGAUGCGGGCGCGCCUCUUCCUCAACCUGGGUUUGGUGUGCGACCACCUGGGGGAGCCUAAGCGCUGCAGUGAAUUCAUCCGCCGCAGUGUAUUCAUUGCAGAAAAGAACCAGCUUCUGGAGGAUCUGUACCGGGCCAACUUCAACCUGGGCAACAUCUACUUCCGUAACGGGCAGCACUCCAAUGCCGUGCGCUGUUUGGAGCAAGCUAAGGAGUGUGCCCGAAAGAUCAAGGACAAAUUCAGUGAGAGCGAUUGCUUCCACUGCAUUGGAAAAGUGCAGCUCUCUCUGGGAGACUUUGUGGCAGCCAGGCGUUCACUGAAGAGGGCCUUCACUCUGGGCUCCCAGCAGCCGGUGGACAGAGAGGCUGUCAAGAGGGCCUUCAAACAUGCGAUCCGAGGUUGUCAGCUGGAGGAGGCAGGGGAGGAACUGGGUGAGCAGGGAAAUCCCCAGCAGUCUGUGGAGCUGGCAGAGCAGCUGGGCGACCUUUACUGUAAGGUUGGCUGCUACCGCAAAGCCCUUGAAGCCUACCGGGCACAGCUGUCUAGUGCUGAAGCGCUGGGAAAGCCUGGAAGAGAGCUGGCUGUUAUCCACGUGUCUCUGGCUGUUACCUACACUGACCUGAGGCAGCACCACAUGGCUGUGGAGCACUACCGUCAGGAGCUGACCCUGCGCCAGGGGAACCCCACCGAGGAGUGUAUGACGUGGCUGAACAUCGCAGCCUCGCACAAAGAGAGUGGCCUGGACAUGGAUCAUGUAGACUCCAGUUACAGCAGUGCCCUGACCUGCGCCCAGAGUGCUGGCCAGGCUAGACUACAGAAGCGAGUGUUGAGGGCGUGGCUAGCUGCCCAGAGGCGUGGGGGAUCGUCGCAGGGUGAUGACACGGAGGCUCGUCUACAGGAGCUGUGUGCUGCCGAGGGCUGGAGCGCGGACGGGAGCGAGGGAGAGGAAGACGAGGAGGAAGAGGUGAUGGAGAACAGUGAACCUCUAGAAGACAGCGACAUCGCUCUCUCAGACUCAGAUGAUGACUUGGAGGAAUAUGAUAAAAUGGUGACUGGGAGGAGAAGGCCAGGCAGGUGGAACAAGAGGAAUGAGAAGGGGGAGACGUCGCUCCACAGAGCCUGUAUCGACGGCAACCUCAAGCAGGUCCAGUACCUGGUGGAGCAGGGUCAUCCCAUCAACCCCAUGGACUACUGUGGCUGGACGCCCCUCCAUGAAGCUAGCAACCAUGGACACCAUGAAAUAGUUGCAGUGCUGCUGGAGCGCGGGGCCAACAUUAACCACCCCGGGGGUCCUCUGUGUGAGGGUGUGACCCCUCUCCACGAUGCCCUCACCUGUGGCCACUUCCAGGUAGCCAGACUGCUGAUUGAGAGAGGGGCCUCCGUCACCAUAUGCAACUCAAAGAAUGAGACCCCCCUGGACAGCCUGCGCCUGUGGCAGAGGAUGUAUAGCAGACACCUGGACCAGGAGGCCAGGCAGGAGUGCACGAUCACAGAGAAGCUGUUGAGGAGAGCUCUGGCUGGGGGAGUAUCAGUGGCUCCAGUCCCAGUCCAGCCCUUCGACGCCCUGCAGGACAGCCAGCUGUUUGACGCAGAGAACUCAGAGCCGCUGGUCAACUCCAGAGGGCGCCAGUUGUCCGGCCAGGGCCUGCCCAGGACCAGGAGUCCACCAGAGCAGGGGGCCGCAGUACCACACAGGCCCUCAAGGAGGCACUCUAACGGCUCAGCCGCCCGUGGCCGCAGGGGAACGGAGGCGUCGGUGCUCUAUGGGGAUGACAGCAGCUCCUCUGAUCACAGUGACCUCGACUGCGCCAUCAGCCCGCUCAGGCCUGUCCGUCCAAGACUACAAAUCCCAGCAGCCCCUCGUCAACCAGAAGUCCCCUCUGACCAGGAGGCAGCCAGUUUGAUCCCCAUCAGCAGAGAAGCUGUGACAGCGACAGGACCUUCCGUUUUCACCAGGGAGGAGUACCACAGCGCCAUCCGCGGCCUGGGCAGUGCCAAGACCCGCCUCUCCCAGGGCCUAUCACAGCCCCAGUUCAGUAGCACACCAGCGGUCUCAGCCAACAACAAGUCGGCGUUGGUUCCUGAGGAGGAGUGCCUGGCAGACGAUUGGCUGGAAGAUGACUUGGGUGACGUUCAACCCAAGAAGAAGAGGAGGGUGGGGGCAGAGCUGGAAGGGAGGUGGGCGGAGUCUCGUGGGGAGUCGAGUAUGAUGCCGUCCGUGCUGAGAAGCGAAAACACACUUUCGACCACAAACGAGGCUGCUCGUCAAGUACCAUCGUCCUCCAGCAGAGGACUAUCUCUGAGGAAGGGCUCCAAGCCACGGCAGGUGAAGAUGACUCAGCUUUCUGGCAUGGUCAUGCUGGGGAGGCGGGAGGUCAGCAGGUCGCACAGUCCCAACAUCACCGAUGACGACGACCUUCCUCCUGACACGCCCCCACCAUCCCACAUCCACACUACUCAGGUUCCAACCCAUUCAUUGGCCAUUCCAGUGCCCACAUCAAUUCUUGCUCCAAUCCGGAUGAGGGUCAGAGUUCAAGACAAUGUGUUUCUCAUCCCGGUUCCACACAGCGAGGCCGACUCGUGCACGGUCUCCUGGCUGUGUGAGCAGGCAGCCCAGAGGUACUACCACACCUGUGGCCUCCUGCCUCGCCUCUCCCUGCAGAAAGACGGGGCUCUUCUCUCACCUCACGACCUGCUGCUGGCAGUGCUACACACCAACGAAGAGGUCCUGGCGGAGGUCAGUUCUUGGGACCUCCCACCUCUUCCUGAGCGCUACAGGAAGGCCUGUCACAGCCUGACAGUCGAGGAGAACAAGCGCGUAUUUCGUCUGUGUGAGCUGCAGGACGGCAGCCCGUCUGUGUCUGUGUGUGGUCUGAGCUUGGCCCCACCCUCCCUCGCUCCCCUCCUCCGCUCCCUCAAGCUGCAGACUAGCCUCACCGAGCUACGCCUGUCCGGCAACCGUCUCCACGACAACCUCCUCCCCGAGCUGGUCGCUGCUGUGAUAACCAUGCCCCGUCUCCGACUCCUGGACGUGUCCUCCAAUCAGAUCACGGGGGAGGGGCUUAAGAAGGCUGCUAGCGCCUUGGAAGGGCAGACUCAGCCCGUGUUUCCGUGUCUGGAGGAGCUGGACCUGAGUGUGAACCCCCUGGGGGAUGGUGUGUCCCAGGCCCUGGCCUGUCUGCUGUCAGCCUGUCCCCUGCUGGCUCGGCUGGCCCUGCAAGCCUGCAACCUCACUGCACGCUUCCUCCAGCAACACCGCCUCUUAUUGGCUCAGGCCCUUGCAGAUAAAUACAUACAAUUCCCAUCUCACACAGGCACGGGACACCUAAAGUCAGUGUGUCUAUCCCACAAUGCAUUGGGCUCCACGGGGUUUGAGCUGGUGCUGAAGACGUUGCCUCUGCACUGCCUCACACACCUCCACCUGUCUGCUGUAUGCAGUGGAGCUGUGGACCCCCUUGCUCUGGAACACCUCACUACAAUCCUGUCUCAGGAAGACUGUUCACUGAUCCACCUUAGCCUGGCAGGAAACGGACUGACAGACAGCAGUGUUGCCACUCUUGCCAGAUGUCUUCCUGUCUGCCCCUCCCUGGUGUCUCUGGACAUAUCAGGGAACCCGGCGGUGACCUCAGCGGGGCUCCACAACAUCCUGUCUGGCCUUCAAGAUGGCCGCCCACCUUUAACCCUCCUCAACCUCCAAGGCUGCCAGGUGGCUGGGCCUUGGGACGCUGCUGAUCUGGACGCCCUGUGCGUACUGGUCCAGGAUCUGCGUCUGUGUUCUCAGAGACUCAACAAACUGGACCGCGAGGCCUUACAACAGACCUGGGGUCAGCGGCACCCCAGAGGAUACUUCCUUUCCAUGAGCUCCAGGUGUCUGCUCUCUGCUGCCCCCUCACUGUGAGGAGGACCUUUCUAAAGCCUGCACCGCACUUUUAUAGGCUUUUAUAGGUCCAAAAACAAUUGUUGGCCUUUGAAGUCUAAUCUGCAGAGUCUGUAUUGAAGUCUCCAGACUUCAUGCGGUCCUAGGAUAUAUCUCCCCUGGUGACUUAUUCUCCCACUCAUUCUACUGUUUGAUUGGUGGCCUUUCAAAAGGACUUUUUAAUGUGUUUCCAUCUGUGUUUGUAUUUUUAUGUACUGCAGUAUUAUAUGUAGGUGCUUGAAAAAAGAAAGCGAUUAAAAGUCAGUCUGAUAGUA